AUGGCUCUCCCCACGGCUCCCGGCAGCCCUCUCCCCGCGGUCGCCCGAGGGCGAGGACGGCGAAAGAGGCUCGUUUGGACCCCGAGCCAAAGCGAUGCCCUGCGAGCGUCCUUUGAGCGGAACCCGUACCCGGGCAUGGCCACCAGAGAACAGCUGGCCCAGGCCAUCGGCAUUCCGGAGCCCAGGGUCCAGAUCUGGUUUCAGAAUGAGAGAUCGCGCCGCCUCAGGCAGCACCGGCGGGAAUCCAGGCCCUGGCCGGGGCCACGCGGCCCCCAAGAAGGCCGGCGAAAGCGGACCGCCAUCACCCCAGCGCAGAGCGCCGUGCUCCUCCGAGCCUUCGAGCAAGAGCGCUUUCCGGACUUCGCCACCAGGGAGGAACUGGCCAGAGAGACGGGCCUCCCGGAGUCCAGGAUUCAGAUCUGGUUUCAGAAUAGCAGGGCCAGACGUCCAGACCGAGCCGGCGGGGGACCCGCGCCCGCAGGCGGCCUGUGCAACGCGGCCCCCGGCGGGCGCCGCUCUCCUGGCUCCCGGGUCGCCCCCACCCACACCGGGGCGUGGGGGGCGGCGCUUCCCGCACCCCACGUGCCCCUUGCGCCUGGGGCUCUCCCACAGGGCCCCGUCGCGAGCCAGGCAGCAGGGGCCGUGCCCCUGCUCUGGCAAGGGCAGGCCGCACAGGCGGAAGGAAACCUGCGGCCGCUCCCCCACCCUCAUAGAGCCUUGGGGGACCCUCCGCACCCGAGCGGAUGCCAGGAGGAGCGGGACCUGGACAGAACGCCGCCCUGCCGCGGACGCCUGCCCCGUGGGAAGCUUGCGCCCCGCCUCCAGCCGCCCUCCAGGGGCCAAGGGGGUCUGAUCGUGACAACCACCGGGCCCACCAGAAGUCCUUGGUGGGGAUGGGGCCAGGGGGCCCCCCAGCCUGACUGCGAUGAGCUCCUGUCGACCCCAGACUUUGAUCGCAAAUAG